UGGGUUAAAAUCUGUUUCAAUCCAUAACGCAAAAUAUUUUAAAGUAAUUAUAAGAUGACUGAAACUCUUCAAUUAAGAGGUACACUUCGCGGACACAAUGGAUGGGUCACCCAAAUCGCUACAAAUCCGAAAUAUCCGGAUAUGAUAUUGUCUUCUUCACGUGAUAAAACUUUGAUAGUAUGGAAGUUAACACGUGAUGAAGCCAAUUACGGUAUUCCUCAGAAACGCUUGUAUGGUCAUUCACAUUUUAUUAGUGACGUAGUUUUAUCAUCUGACGGUAAUUAUGCCCUGUCUGGUUCAUGGGACAAGACUCUUCGUCUUUGGGAUUUGGCAGCAGGUCGUACUACUCGAAGAUUUGAAGACCAUACCAAGGAUGUUUUAAGUGUUGCCUUCUCUGUUGAUAAUCGACAAAUUGUGUCUGGAUCUCGAGACAAGACCAUUAAACUGUGGAAUACUUUGGCAGAGUGUAAAUACACAAUUCAAGAUGAUGGACACUCAGAUUGGGUCAGCUGUGUACGUUUUUCUCCAAAUCAUUCAAAUCCUAUUAUUGUUUCUGCAGGUUGGUAAAAUGUUUUGUAGGUAUGGAAUUUAACAAAUUGCAAACUAAAGAUCAAUCAUAGUGGACACAUGGGAUAUCUUAAUACAGUUACUGUAUCUCCUGAUGGCUCACUUUGUGCUUCAGGUGGCAAGGACUGCAAGGCAAUGUUAUGGGAUUUGAAUGAUGGAAAGCAUCUUCAUACUUUAGAUCACAAUGACAUUAUAACAGCCCUGUGUUUCAGUCCUAAUCGUUAUUGGCUUUGUGCUGCAUUUGGACCAUGGAUCAAGAUAUGGGAUCUUGAAACCAAAGAGAUGGUUGAGGAGUUGAAACCAGAAGUUGUGUCUGCAACAAGUAAAGCAGAACCACCUCAUUGUUUAUCUUUAGCAUGGUCUACUGAUGGACAAACUCUCUUUGCUGGUUACUCUGACAACACUAUUCGUGUUUGGCAAGUUUCUGUAACUAGCCGUUAAAUACUUUUUACGGAUAUAAACAAAUAAA